UCCUCCUCCUCCCAAUGCCCUUCUCCCUUGGCUGCCACCUGGGCUGGGCUGAGCAGAGAAGCCUUGAAGGCGGAUCCAGCCUUGGCAGCCUCUGCUUCCCUCCCUCUGCAUGAUUUAAAGGGAGGAGAAGGAAGAGGAGGACCAGCCUCUCUCUCUCUCUGCCCCCCAGAUCCAAAGCCAACCCUCCCCCCGGCGUUGCCUUCUUUGUCUGGAAGAUGUGGGUGAACCCGGAGGAGGUGCUGCUGGCCAACGCCUUGUGGAUCACCGAGAGGGCCAACCCUUACUUCAUCCUGCAGAGGAGGAAAGGGCAUGGAGGCGAGGGAGGCAGCGGAGGCAUCGCUGGUCUUCUUGUGGGAACUCUUGAUGUUGUGCUAGAUUCAAGUGCGAGGGUAGCGCCAUAUAGAAUUCUGUACCAGGCUCCAGACUCAAUGAUAUAUUGGACUAUUGCCUGCGGUUGUUCAAGGAAAGAGAUAACUGAACACUGGGAAUGGCUUGAACAGAAUUUACUACAAACACUGUCUAUUUUUGAAAAUGAAAAUGACAUAAACACAUUUGUCAGAGGAAAAAUACAGGGCAUCAUUGCAGAAUAUAACAAAAUUAAUGGUAUUAGGGAGGAUGAUGACACUGAAAAAUUUAAGGAAGCAACAGUGAAGUUCCACAAGCUGUUUGGCAUGCCAGAGGAAGAGAAACUGGUGAAUUACUACUCUUGCAGUUAUUGGAAAGGGAAAGUCCCUCGUCAGGGCUGGAUGUAUCUCAGCAUUAACCACCUGUGUUUUUAUUCUUUUCUCAUGGGACGGGAAGCCAAACUAGUCAUCCGGUGGGUUGACAUCACCCAGCUCGAGAAGAAUGCUACUCUGCUUUUACCAGACGUGAUCAAAGUUAGUACAAGGUCCAGUCAGCAUUUCUUUUCAGUGUUCCUCAACAUCAAUGAAACAUUUAAACUAAUGGAGCAACUUGCCAACAUCGCCAUGAGACAGCUCUUGGACAAUGAAGGCUUUGAACAAGACAGGUCACUACCGAGACUUAAGAAGAAGUCCCCUAAAAAAGUAUCAGCAUUAAAACGGGAUCUUGAUGCUCGAGCCAAAAGUGAAAGGUACCGGGCCUUAUUCCGCCUUCCAAAGAAUGAAAAACUGGAUGGACAUACAGAUUGCACCCUGUGGACCCCAUUUAAUAAAAUGCAUAUUUUGGGCCAGAUGUUUGUCUCUACAAAUUACAUCUGUUUCACUAGCAAGGAAGAACAUCUGUGCAGCCUCAUUAUCCCACUUCGAGAGGUAACUAUUGUAGAAAAGGCAGACAGCUCUAGUGUACUGCCUAGCCCAUUAUCCAUCAGCACUAAAAACCGAAUGACAUUUCUCUUUGCCAAUUUAAAAGACAGAGACUUUCUAGUGCAACGAAUUUCUGACUUUCUUCAGCAAACUACUUCCAAAAUAUACUCUGAGAAAGAGAUUUCUGGAAGUUACAAUAGUUCAGAUGAUGAGGUAUAUUCAAGGACAAGUAGCAUCUUUUCAUCUAGCCCUCAGAGAAGCCUUAGUUCUGAAGCAGAUGGGGAACGACAUUUCAACUUGAACGGUAACAGCAUCCCAACAGUAACACAGGCACUAAUGACCAUGUAUCGUCGGCGUUCCCCGGAGGAGUUUAACCCUAAAUUAGCAAAGGAGUUUUUAAAAGAGCAAGCUUGGAAGAUUCAUUUUGCUGAAUAUGGCCAAGGCAUCUGUAUGUAUCGCACAGAGAAAACAAGAGACCUUGUACUAAAAGGUAUUCCUGAAAGCAUGAGAGGUGAACUCUGGCUCCUUCUGUCAGGAGCUAUUAAUGAAAUGGCCACCCAUGCUGGCUAUUAUGAAGACUUGGUGGAGAAAUCCAUGGGGAAAUAUAAUCUUGCAACAGAAGAGAUAGAGAGAGAUUUACACCGCUCCCUUCCAGAACAUCCUGCAUUCCAGAAUGAGAUGGGCAUUGCUGCUCUGCGGAGAGUUCUAACUGCUUAUGCAUUUAGAAAUCCCAACAUAGGAUAUUGUCAGGCCAUGAACAUUGUUACAUCAGUACUGCUGUUAUAUGCAAAGGAAGAGGAAGCAUUCUGGCUGCUUGUGGCUUUGUGUGAGCGCAUGCUGCCGGAUUACUACAACACAAGAGUUGUUGGUGCUCUAGUGGAUCAAGGUGUGUUUGAAGAGUUAGCUCGAGAUUAUAUUCCCCAACUCUAUGACUGUAUGCAAGAUUUGGGAGUCAUCUCCACCAUCUCCCUUUCCUGGUUCCUCACACUCUUCCUCAGUGUCAUGCCCUUUGAAAGUGCUGUGGUUGUGGUGGACUGUUUCUUUUAUGAAGGCAUAAAGGUGAUAUUCCAGUUGGCACUUGCUGUGUUAGAAGCAAAUGUUGACAAGCUGCUGAAUUGCAAAGAUGAUGGUGAAGCUAUGACAGUGCUUGGAAGGUAUUUGGACAGUGUGACCAAUAAGGACAGCACUUUACCACCAAUUCCACACCUUCACUCGCUACUCAGUGAUGAUGUAGGGCCAUAUCCUGAAGUGGAUAUCUUCAGGCUCAUCAGAACUUCCUAUGAGAAAUUUGGAAGUAUUCGGGCAGACUUGAUUGAGCAAAUGAGGUUCAAACAGAGAUUGAAGGUAAUCCAGACACUGGAAGACACUACUAAACGUAAUGUGGUACGAACCAUAGUGACUGAAACUUCUUUUACAAUAGAUGAGCUAGAAGAACUUUAUGCCCUUUUCAAGGCGGAGCAUCUCACUAGCUGCUACUGGGGAGGAACCAGCAAUGCUACCGACCGCCACGACCCAAGUUUGCCUUACUUAGAACAGUACCGCAUUGACUUUGAGCAAUUCAAGGGGAUGUUUGCGCUCCUCUUUCCUUGGGCCUGUGGGACCCACUCUGAUGUUCUGGCUGCACGCUUGUUCAGAUUGCUGGAUGAAAAUGGAGAUUCCUUAAUCAACUUCCGGGAAUUUGUCUCUGGCCUUAGUGCAGCAUGCCAUGGAGAUCUUACUGAGAAACUGAAGCUACUAUAUAAGAUGCAUGUUUUACCUGAUCCAUCAUGUGAUCAAGAAGAGCCAGAUUCUGCCUUUGAAGCAACUCAGUACUUCUUUGAAGAUAUCACACCAGAUUGUACACAUGUUGUUGGUGUAGAUGGCAGGAACAGGCAUGGAACAGAUGAGGGAUUUGUUAAUGUGAGUGUGAAAACUGAAAAAGGUAAGAAGAACUCUCAAGAUAAUAGAAAUUACCUUAGGAUGUGGAGUCAGGAAAAUAAAUCCAAAACAAAGAAUGCAAAGGAGUUGCCCAAACUAAAUCAGGGGCAGUUCAUUGAAUUAUGCAAGACCAUGUAUAAUAUGUUCAGUGAAGAUCCCAAUGAACAAGAUCUUUACCAUGCCACAGCAGCUGUGACAAGUUUGCUUCUGGAGAUUGGUGAGGUUGGUAAACUAUUUAAUCACCAGCCUAUGAAAGAGGUUGAAAAUGUCAGUAAGGCCAUUCAGAAGGGAAGCCAGCAGUAUCAUCUUGAGCAACGUGAUCCUUUUCAAGAUAGCUUUCUUGCUGAUGAGGAAGAGAAUAUUUGUGGGGAUGGUACACAUAUGGAAGACAUUAAGCUUGAAGAUUCAUCUCCUAGAGAUAAUGGAGCUGGCUCUUCCAUGCUGAUUUCUGACGAUGAUACUAAAGAUGACAGCUCCAUGUCUUCCUAUUCCGUCCUAAGUGCAGGAUCUCAUGAGGAGGACAAGCUGCACUGUGAGGACAUUGGUGAGGACACUGUUUUGGUACGAAGCAACAACCCAGCCUCUCUGCCUAGGAGUACUAGCAUUGACAGAGACUGGGCCAUCACCUUUGAGCAGUUUUUGGCUUCCCUUUUGACUGAACCAGCCCUUGUGCGCUACUUUGACAAACCAGUGUAUAUGAUGGCAAGGAUUACUAAUGCUAAGAAUAUGCGAAUGAUGGGCAAACCCAUUAUAUGUGCAAGUGACUAUGAAAUCUCUGCUAUGUCAGGUUAAGGGGGCAGGUGAGAAGUUGUGUGGUUGUGUUGUUAUUUUUUAAAGAAAAAACUUUUAGGUAUUUAUGACAUAUUUAUUACUGCCUGGCACACAUCCUGGACUUUUCAAAAUAUGGUAGUUCUUGCUUAUGUGAACAUGCUGGGAUGUAAAUCCAUACUUUGAAUUAUUGUUUUUCUCUGUGUCAGAUAGCUUUACCAGAAUGCUUGUCCUAGCCAAUAUACAUACAUGGGAAUGGGAUGGGGAUAAUUGUCUGUGGUAUGUAUAUUACUAACCUUGCUAUCCAUGGAUAAACUGUAAUGAUUUGUUCACUUUGAACCCAAUGAGCAAUGUUUAUGUAUGUUCGCCAAACAAGCUUGAAAUCUUAGGAGAGUAAAGAAGAAAACUGGAAUGACUCAAAAUGGCACAUAUGUUGAGUAUUUUAAAGUGUCCCCACAGAGCUCAUGUGUCUGGUCUCCAUUCACUUUGGAAGAGUCUGUAUUGUGUGUUACUAUGCCUUUUUUUCACACAGUGCUCAUUUCUCAUAAAAGUGAUUGGGAAAAUGCAUGAACUGAAACCCCUGUGCCUAUAAGACUUUGGUAGGCUUAUAAAAGGGACAAUAUAAAAGGAUACUGUCAAUUUGUUUAGGAGUCAAAAGCAAGUUCUUAGCAGCAUCCCUGGCGGAUGUCUCUUUAUAUAAUUUUUUUAAAGGCUAGUGAUUUAUAAUGCUUUUUAAAAUACAUUCUUCAGGGAUACUGCCAGAGACUUGACAAUUGUCCAUGUCAUGACCUAAACAAUUUAUAGUACCCCUUUUUAAAAUUACAGAGGGUUUUGAAAAUGUAGAUAUUUCUGUGCUAUUGACAUUUUAAAGUAAGUAUUACCAUGAAUCUAGUGUAUUGUAGAUGAAUAGCUGGAUUGCCUAAAUCUUUAUUUAUAACACAGUUAUCAUUGGGAAUGUAAUCUGGAAAAAACUGCAAGAAAAUGUAAGUGAAUGUUUGAAAGUCUUAAUGAAAACACUGUCACUUUAUUCUAGAUUAAAUAUGUAUAAUGUAAUUUACUGAAUGAUAUGUUGAAUGACAAAUGGAGCACCUGCACUUUGAAUCCUUUUCUUUUCUGAACCAUUAAAUGGCUCCAAUUCUGUACUGUAGUGUGUGCAAGAUUUUCCCACACAAAAGAUUCCCACAAAAACUUGAUUUUGCAAUUCUGCACUGUCUGUUUAGGAAGGCAAGGUGGGAAAAAGAACUCUGUUGCUCCUCCAGGAAUCCUCUGAAUGUGGGCUCUGCACCCAUGAUAGGAAACUAGUGGGCCCAAUCAUUUAAAAUUUGUUAGCUGUUACUUAAUUUACAGAUGAUUAGAUCCAAACCAUUCUUACAUGCCUGAACUUUAUUUGCUGCCUUCAAAAUAUUUUCAUCACUUUGUUGUUUUUUUAUAUAUAUAUUGUAUAUUAUGAUUAUGUAAUUUAUCCAGGGUUUUUUUAAAGCCAAAGCUGUAGCUUUCUUUUUGAAGAUGUUUAACUGUCUCUGAAAUGGUUUAACCACAGUAGGUAAAUGUAAACAAGUCUCUUUUUUGUUUUGUUUUUUUAAAAAAGACAUUAAACCUAUAUUGGA